AUGUUGGCUGCGUUCGACGAUCCGUCCCAGGCCCAAGCCCCGCGGAAGGCAUCCGCAGCCGUGCUGACAGAGUUCGUCGAUUCGCCGGCAAGCAGCCAAGCGCUCGCGGAAUUUCGACGGCAUAUCUCCCCUGGAGAACUCGUUUUACAAGCUGCACAGACUGCUGCCCAUACAGCGGGCGGAGCCAAGGCGGAGUUGGGGGAGAAUGAAGAGAGCGAUGAACUGGUGCUCAUUGCUCGAGGCCUUCGAAAAUGUCUCGCCUACGAUGGAAUUCUUGAGAGUGUUGUCAGAGAUCCGCAACUCCGUCGUGUCCUUAUUGACGCUGCAGACAGCGGAAGCGCUUUACUGAGGCGUUUGCUGGUGCAACAGCUUGGCAAACUGAUCGACCGGGGACGUCCAGGCGUUGAACUCGCCAUUGAAGCGAACCUCUAUCGACUUCUCCCUGGUCUCUUGGGCGACCCUGACGUUGGAGUGGCGAGCGAUGCAGCCAAGGCUCUCGUAGCUAGCUUAUGUGUCCCUCAGGGCUGUGAAGCGUUCUCUUCACCUGCGUGCUUCCAGGCGCUUAUUAGCCAUGCCGCUUCAAGAAACGAGAUGGUGAAGGUCAGGGCGUUCGCGCUGUUCGUUGAAGCCGGGCGGAAAAGCGAGGAGAUUUUCAAUGAGAUGGUCAACAGGGGCGCCUUUACUGUGCUGCUGAACGCCUUCGCAACCGACGACUUGCUCCUAAAGAUAUCGCUCGUGUCUCUCAUUGAACAACUCGCGUCCUACCCCGCUGGAGCGAAGUACCUUGCCACGUCGGCGAUUCCGCGUCGGCUCAUCAGCGAGCUCGCCGAUGAAUCUCUUGAUGAAACAUCCCGAGUUUCUCUUGUCCACGCCGUCGCAGAGGUGAUAAAACAACGACCGGAGAUCGCCGCCGAGAUGUUCCAGGUCGAGGACGGCGUCUUGGCCCGAACGCUAGCGGACUUCCAACACAGCGUCCCGUCGACGCCCCAAGAGAAGAGCGAACUGUGUUGCGCAAUCGCUGCGUGGGGGAGCAUCGCCAGUUCGCCGCUCGGCUAUGCAGCGGUCCAGAAGGCCGUGCCGGUAGUCGGCGCCAAUGUCGGCGGGCACUUCACGGGAGAGACUGAUGUCGCCAAUCUGGCCAUGGACGCCUGGAGCAACGUGCUGAACUCUCUGCCGGAUCCACUUGCCCCGGACGUGAUAGCCGCCGUCGUGUCUCUCGUCGAGCCCGCCUGCAGUACUCACGUGUCGCGACCGUUUGGGGAAAGCAGAGCUCAUUCGUACCCUCUUCUCACCGCUCUCUGCAGAAGCAGGCGGGCUGUCCAGACGAUCAUGGGGUCUGAGGAUAUCCGGCGCUGCCUCGUCGAUCCCUUCUCCGACGACUCGAGCGAUGCAAAGUACGCGAAAAACGCCUUCCUCAAAAGGUUGGUCGCGGAUCAUCUCGAUUGGCUAGGCUCCGUCAUCGAGGAGGGAUACCUCACGAAGCUCAAGAAGUUCGCUGACGCGGGCCCCUUCUACGUACCGCCGGGCAAGUCGUUAACACUCUUGUUCGUUAUUUUUUCCGUCCUCUGA